AAAAAAAAGUUCAAGAAUUUGAGAGAGGCCAGGAAGAUUUUUAAAAAUAAAUAAAUAAAAUUGUAAGACUACAGAAGCAGCUUUAUCUUGUUUCUUUUUCUGACCUCGCUUCCAACCCCUUUCAUAGUAAUGAUUCUAUUGCCAUCUCUCUCUCCCUCUCUCUACUCUUUUCUCAAGAUGCAAUAAACUCGAAAACCCAUCUCUCUCUCUCUCUCUUAUCAGUUUCAUGUAUUUGCUUCUCUCUCUUUCUCUGUGUGAAGGUAAAAAUCUUUGUUUCUCUCACAGACGUGGUGCAGAAAGUUUUGUGUCUCAGUCUCUCAGAUCCCGAUAUAAAUAAAGACCCUCUCUCUCUCUCUCUCUCUUUUACACCAUUAACGAUAAAACUGUCCCCUUGCCCCUCUCUCUCUCUCUCAAACAGUACAGACAAUAGUCCACUCCGAUAGUCCACUUUCAAAACACAAGGGUCUCUUCUGUGUGGUCCUCACCUCUUUCUUUCAAAACCCCAUCUUUUUUUUCUUCUUCUUCUUUCACUUUGAUUCUUAUAUAAUUACCAACACAACCAGCUCUUUUAUUGGUCCCCUAGCUAUAGCUAUAGCUAUACCUAUACAAAUGCAAGAACCAAACUUGGGAAUGAUGGGUGGUGGUGGUAGUAGCGGCGGGUUAAGUGGUGAAGUAGCAAUUUCCGGUGACCACUUCCGCCAACUCAAGACGGAGAUAGCUACCCACCCACUCUACGAGCAGCUUCUCAACGCACACGUGUCGUGUCUCCGUGUCGCGACCCCGAUUGAUCAGUUGCCUUUGAUCGACGCGCAGCUCGCUCAGUCUCAUCAUCUGCUGCGCUCUUAUGCCUCUCAGCAUAGCCAUUCUCUUCCUCCACAUGAGCGUCAAGAGCUUGACAACUUCUUGGCACAGUAUUUGUUAGUUUUGUGCAGUUUCAAAGAACAGCUUCAGCAACAUGUCAGAGUCCAUGCCGUAGAGGCUGUCGUGGCUUGCCGUGAAAUAGAAAAUACCUUACAGGCCCUUACAGGAGUAAGCCUUGGUGAAGGCACUGGUGCAACAAUGUCAGAUGAUGAGGAUGAACUGCAGAUGGAUUUCUCUCUGGAUCAAUCUGGUGGUGACGGGCAUGACAUGAUGGGAUUUGGUCCACUGCUUCCAACAGAAUCUGAAAGGUCACUUAUGGAGAGAGUUCGGCAGGAAUUGAAGAUUGAACUGAAACAGGGUUUUAAGUCAAAAAUUGAAGAUGUUAGGGAGGAAAUAUUAAGAAAAAGAAGGGCAGGGAAAUUACCAGGUGACACAACUACAGUGUUGAAAAAUUGGUGGCAGCAACACUCAAAGUGGCCUUACCCAACUGAAGAUGACAAGGCAAAACUGGUAGAAGAGACAGGGUUGCAGCUGAAGCAAAUUAACAAUUGGUUCAUCAACCAAAGGAAGCGCAAUUGGCACAGCAACUCUCAGUCUGUUACCUCUUUAAAGUCCAAGCGCAAAAGGUAGAAAAAAGCUUAUAAAUACUCUCCAAACCAGGAACCAAGAAAAAAAGACCAACUUACUUUAUGUCAAUAUGUAGCUGUUAUUGACCUUGGGAGGUAAAUAGUCUGGCUGACUUUUGUACGUGGAAGCUAUGAAGGAACCUUGAAAGUUAGUUAAAUUCAAAAUCAGCACCAAAAAAGAAGGAACAGGAAUGUAAUAGAUGGAGUUUUAAAUAACUUACAUAUGAGGUUGUAACUUCAUGGUUUUAACAGACAAAUGUACUUUUUUUUUUUCUAAUUGUCUUUUACAUUUGUGUUGCCUCUAUUUCCAUACGCUUAAGUGAGCUAAGAGGCUGAUCUUUCUGUAAAAAAGUUGCUGCAAACUUUUGAUGAUCUAUUGAAAAAGUAUUACAUACU